CGCCCAUUCUCCGUGGGGAGCUCCAAACCUGGAACACCCCGCGAUGCCGAACAUCAACUGUUGAAGUCCAAUCGACGAGCUACCUACCACCCACCAGCAUAGCCCAACAAAAUGGCAUCCCCAGACCCUUUCGACUCGGCGCUCGACCUCCUCCGGCGGCUCAACCCGAAGCACACGUCGGAGCAUCUCAACAACAUCAUCGCGCUGGCGCCCGACCUGACCGAGGACCUGCUCUCGUCCGUCGACCAGCCGCUGACGGUGCGCCGCUGCAAGCAGACGGGGCGCGACUACCUGCUGUGCGACUACAACCGCGACGGCGACAGCUACCGCUCGCCGUGGAGCAACCAGUUCGACCCGCCGCUGGACGAGGCCGGCGUCGGCGGCGUGGGCGCCGGCGGCAGCAACGAGGGUGCCGGCGAGGGCGCCGUGCCCGGCGAGCGCGUGCGCAAGAUGGAGAUCAAGGCCAACGAGGCCUUCGACGUGUACCGCGAGCUGUACUACGAGGGCGGUGUGUCGUCGGUGUACCUGUGGAAUCUGGACGACGGGUUUGCCGGGGUGGUGCUGCUGAAGAAAGCCUCCCCCCAGAACGACAGCACGUCCUCCGGCGUGUGGGACUCGAUCCACGUGUUCGAGGCCAGCGAGCGCGGGCGCACGUCCAACUACCGGCUGACAUCGACCGUGAUCCUCUCGCUCGCCACCCGGGGCGCCUCGCUGGGCGAGGUCGACCUGAGCGGCUACAUGACGCGGCAGGUGGAGCAGGACCUCCCCGUCGAGAACGACGAGAGCCACAUCGCCAACAUCGGCCGCCUGGUCGAGGACAUGGAGCUCAAGAUGCGCAACCUGCUGCAGGAGGUCUACUUCGGCAAGGCCAAGGACGUGGUCGGCGACCUGCGCAGCAUCGGCAGCCUGAGCGAGGGCCAGCGCGACCGCGAGACGCAGCGCGAGCUGAUUGGCAGCAUGCGGAGAUGACCAUGAUCUUGAAUGACUUGAUGGCGCCAAUAUAUGAUACCAUGAAAUGGCAGAACACUCCUGUGUUGCGUUCCUUCCGCGUGAUGAAGACUAGUUAGGGGGCAUAGAUGGCGUGUAUGUGGGAGGCAUGCAGGCGUCCUCUCUGGCUAUGACAUCCACCCGAAUCCCGCGUCAGGUACACUAGAAGCGACGUCCAGUGGGCCGUUUCAGGCCUGCACAUCACGCCUCAUAGGGACAAGUACUUGUUCGGUA